AUGUUUGUAACAGUCAUGUGGUGUUAUGAUUGUAUGGUAGACACAAUAAGAGAAGUUUUUGUUCAUAUGGCUAAAAUAGGCAAAGGGAUUCAGAUUCCUCUAUCAUGGGUACCUGCUAAGGAUGGAAAUGUCCCUAAUAAUGCUCUCAGUGUUACUCGUGGUAUCUAUGUGGUUCGUUGCAAACACGAUGGUCAAUGGAUUCCUGGGAAGGCUGCAACUGGACAUAAUGCAGCUUAUUAUCCAUAUGGUGGUGAAGAAAAGAAUACAAGAGAAUAUGAAGUCCUGUGUGAUACCUCAUUUUCAGGACAUCAAGGAUAUGAAUGGUUACAUGCAUCAUAUGGUGGUGUGCCGAAAAAUGCAAUCAUUGCUGGCAUGUCAGGUUUUGAUCCACUAUACAUAGCCAAAUCUUCAAUUAAUGGAGAACCAUCUGUUGGAAAGGUGAGUAGACCUAACCACUUGUGUUAUAUCCUGUUUCCUCUGAUUAGAUAAAUUAUUUUAACAAGACAUUUAGUGAAUUCUCUUAUGCUAAUGAACUGCAUGAUCAGAUUGAUUCCAUAUACGUUGUACACUGAAAAAAUGCUAUCUAGAAUGAAUAGCUCUAUAGAAAAUGAAAAAUAUAUUAUUUUAUAGUUAACUUACCAGUUCAUAUGUCCCAUGCCACACCAGAAAUUAUCACAUCUGCAUAUCUUUAUUAAACGUUUCACAAUCCCAUGUUCUGGACGUUAUGUUUCCAAUUUCUAUGUUGGACAUUUCAAACAACUGUAUCAUACUGUCUCCCAUCGAUUGAUGUAUUGAAAAUAAAAAAGCUGUUUGAAACUAUGAAGUCCACGGACUUGGAUGAAACUCAGAUUCGUAUAAUGGUGUUAUGGAGAAUAUUGAAUUCUAUAGUUUACAUCACUAAAUGAACUUAGUUGUACAACCAGUGAAAAUUAAGGGACACUGGACAGCUCUCUUGUCCUAGUAUGAGACAUCUCAGCAGAGGAAAUUCAGAACACCACUGAGGAUCAAAACAGGACAUUUGAGUUUCAUGUUGAACGCCUGAUCUUUACAGCACUGAGUACAUAGUGGCCAUGAAUGUGCAUAUUUACCAUGGGGUGGUAAAGAACACUCAGUGAAAGAAUAUGAAGUUUUAGUUUGGAAAAAGUGAAGUUGAUUUUGUUGUUCUGAUCUCCAAGAUCAUCGAAAGAUUAUCUCUUGUAUAACUGUUUCCAUUUAAUUAGAAGGAACAAUAAAAUGAUUAGAUAAAAGUGUAUCUCUUCGUGUUAAAAAAUAACUUGAUGUACAAUUAUCAAUAAAAACAUCAUAACAAAAACAUACUACAAAGAUUUCUUAGUAAAAUGAAAUUAAAAAUAACUGCUGUUUGUUCAUUGUCUUUGAUUGCUUAAAAUUGAGUCCUUUAUGUAUUCA